AUGGAGAUUCACUACAGUAGCAGCUACUUCGAAAGACGUCCCAUUCUCAAGUCCAAGGCUCCCGCAGUUAAAUGGGUCAAAGAAUGGGUUCCACAAGAUCUUGUAACGACUGGAGGGAAAUGCAUGCUCUUAAAAUGGGUAACAGAGGAUACCUUGAAGAACUUGAAAGAAAAGACAAAAGAGCCAUCAAUGCCUGAGCCAGAACCUGAGCCAACUACUGAAGUACUUUUUCUUUGCAGCUAUGAUGGAUGUGGAAAGACAUUCAUAGAUGCUGGUGCUUUGAGGAAGCAUUCUCACAUCCAUGGAGAGAGGCAAUAUGUCUGUCACUAUGAGGGAUGUGGAAAGAAAUUUCUGGAUAGCUCAAAGUUGAAAAGACAUUUUCUCAUUCACACAGGGGAGAGGGAUUUUGUGUGUCCUCAUGAAGGCUGUGGGAAGGCCUUCUCCUUAGAUUUCAACUUAAGGUCUCAUAUGAAAACACAUUCCCAAGAGAACUAUCAUAUCUGUCCAUACUCAGAAUGUGGAAAGAGAUACGCUCACGAAUACAAGCUAAAGAAUCACAUCGCAUCUCAUCAUGAAAAGAAUGCAUCUGUGGAUGUGACAAAGUACACUACUCCACCUUCAGAGAAGCAAACAAAAGCUGCUAAACCUUCUGGAGGGGCAUAUGGUUCUGCAUCAUCUGACCGUCCCUAUGCAUGUCCCUAUGACGGGUGUGAAAAGGCGUACAUCCAUGAAUACAAGCUUAGACUCCAUUUGAAGAGGGAGCACCCGGGGCUUAUGCCCGAUGAAAAUGCUGAGCAAGCUCAGGCUAAUAAUGUUGACAAUGAAAUGGAUGAAGCAAGUGACCAAGAUGCCUAUAUCGCGAAACGGUCAAAUGGUAAAAGUCAGAAGCAGAGUAGGGCUAAACCAAAUCUUAAAUUGCCUCCUUCGAAAAUUGCAAAACGCAAAGUGUUGUCCGCGCCCACUAUAACUGUAAAUAAAAAUUCUUGGCCCGUGAAAGAUGAACCUUUUGAUGAAGAAGAUAGUGAAGAAACAGAAGAGGAUCGUGACAAUGUUGAAGAUGGUUGGAGAUAUACUGGAGGAAACAACGAAGAUGACGAUGAAGAAACAGAAUAUGAAGACUGA